AUGUCUUAUAUCUCAUUGUCAAACUUCAGUACGUCCAGGUUUGUCCUCACUGGGUUUCCUGGCCUGGAAGUUUACUCUCUCUGGUUUGCCAUCCCCUUCACUUCCAUCUAUAUAACCGUGUUCCUGGGAAACUGCCUGGUGCUGCAUGUGAUCCGAACAGAGCCGAGCCUGCACCAGUCCAUGUUCUACUUCCUCGCCAUGCUGGCCCUCACCGACAUGUGCAUGGGGCUGUCCACUGUGCACACAGUGCUGGGCAUCCUGUGGGGUUUCAUUCAAGAGAUCAGCCUUGAUGCCUGCAUUGCACAGUCUUAUUUCAUUCAUGGAUUGUCUUUCAUGGAGUCCUCUGUGCUCCUGGCCAUGUCCUUUGAUCGCUACAUUGCCAUCUGCAACCCUCUACGCUAUUCCUCCAUCCAGACCAAUGAUAAAAUCAUGAAAAUUGGGGUGGCAAUUUUAUGUAGGAGUUCAAUGCUCAGCCCUCCAGUCAUCAUCCGCCUGAAGUUCUUACAUUACUGCCGUCCUCACUUCCUCUCUCACUCCUUCUGCCUCCACCAAGACUUAAUUCGAAUGGCCUGUUCAGACAUUCGCUUCAACAGCAUCUAUGCUCUGUCUCUCGUGAUCUGCACCCUGUUGCUGGACUCAGUGCUCAUUCUUGCCUCCUACGUCCUGAUCCUGCACACUGUUUCAUCCAUUGCAUCCAGGGAGGAGAGAAUCAAGUCCUUGCAGACUUGUGUAUCACACAUCUCUGCUGUUUUAGUUUUCUACAUCCCUAUCAUUGGUCUGACCAUGGUGCAUCGUUUUGGGAAGCACCUGUCCCCACUAGUUCAUGUUCUCAUGGGCAGCAUUUACAUAAUUUUCCCACCCUUGAUGAACCCCAUAAUAUACAGGAUCAAGACCCAACAGAUACGGGUGAGAAUCGGAAAGCUGUUCUCCUUGAAUGGAUCCUAA